AUGCCGACUCCUCGGAGCGACUCCGCCUCCCCGCCCCCGCGGGGCCCGGGGAGCUCCCCUCCGGCCACGCCUAGGCGCCGCGCAGCAGCAGGGGGCGGGGCCAGGGAGCGGCCCGCGGGAAUUCCCUCCGCUCCGGCUUGCGAGCAGCAGCUACGGCCCGGAGCCGCCUCGCCCAGCUCAACAGGGGGACUUAAUUUUGGCACCUUGGGUUCCUCCACUGCUACAGCAACUACAUCAGCUCCUUCAGCGGGUUUUGGAAGUGGACUUUUUGGAUCAAAACCCUCGACCGGGUUUACGCUAGGAGGUACUAAUACAGGAACAGCAACAACUAUUGCUACAGGAUUGACACUGGGAGCUCCUGCCACAACAUCUGCCUCUACCACCGGUUUUAGUUUAGGAUUCAACAAGCCUGCUGGUUCAGCCACACCAUUUGCUCUGCCUAUUACUUCUACCUCAGCAGGUGGCCUCUCACUUUCUUCUGCUCUGACAUCAACUCCUGCAGCUGGUUCUGGUGGCUUUACGUUAAAUUUGGGUGGUACAACUGCCGCAACUACAACUGCACCUACAGGUCUAUCUCUAGGAGGAGCAUUAGCUGGUUUGGGAGGUUCUCUGUUCCAGAAUACAAGCACAGCAGCAACAGGUCUUGGACAGAAUGCUUUGAGUUUGAGUUUGGGGACAACAGCAGCUCCUUCAACUACUGUUAAUGAAGGUCUUGGUGGCAUAGAUUUUAGUAGCUCUUCAGAUAAAAAGAGUGACAAAACGGGAACAAGACAAGAAGAGAGCAAAGCGCUAAAGGAUGAAAAUCUACCUCCAGUAAUCUGCCAAGAUGUAGAAAAUCUCCAGAAGUUUGUGAAGGAACAAAAGCAAGUUCAGGAAGAAAUUAGCAGAAUGUCUUCAAAAGCAAUGCUUAAAGUACAGGAAGACAUUAAAGCUUUGAAACAGCUUUUAUCUGUGGUUGCCAGUGGACUACAGAGAAAUACUCUUAAUAUUGACAAGUUGAAAAUGGAAACUGCCCAGGAGCUAAAAAAUGCAGAAAUAGCACUAAGAACACAGAAAACUCCUCCUGGUCUUCAACAUGAAAAUACAGCCCCAGCGGACUACUUCAGGAUAUUGGUUGAACAGUUUGAAAUACAGCUGCAGCAAUACAGGCAACAGAUAGAAGAACUGGAGAAUCAUCUUGCCACACAAGCGAACAAUUCACAUAUAACUCCACAAGAUUUGUCUAUGGCCAUGCAGAAAAUUUAUCAGACAUUUGUAGCUCUAGCUGCACAACUUCAAUCAAUACAUGAAAAUGUAAAGAUGCUCAAAGACCAGUACCUUGGGUACAGGAAAACUUUUCUGGGAGAUGCCAUUGAUGUGUUUGAGGCAAGACGAACAGAAGCUAAGAAAUGUCAGAGUGCCCAGCGUGUUACUACUGGACCGACCCCUUUCAGCAACAUACCAAAUGCAGCAGCCGUUGCCAUGGCUGCAACACUUACUCAGCAGCAACAGCCUGCUACAGGGCCACAGCCAUCUCUGGGAGUUAGUUUUGGAACACCAUUCGGCUCAGGUAUUGGCACUGGCUUGCAAUCAAGUGGCUUAGGUUCUUCAAGCCUUGGAGGAUUUGGAAGUAGUUCUGCUUUUGGAAGCAAUGCUACAGGCUCAUCAUCAUUUGGAUUUGGAGCUACAAAUAAACCCUCAGGAAGUCUUAGCGCAGGCUUUGGCAGCUCGAGUACAUCUGGGUUCAACUUCAGCAAUCCUGGCAUCACAGCAUCAGCUGGUCUGACAUUCGGGGUGUCUCAUCCUGCAACUGCAGGGUUUGGGACAGGAGGGCAACUUCUUCAGUUGAAGAAACCUCCAGCUGGAAACAAGAGAGGGAAAAGAUAAACGUGCUGUUGGGAAGGGGGAAGCAAAUCAACUUUGAUCCUAAAAAUCUAUUUUUCUAAAUUGAUGCAGUAAAUAAAUUGCAUCCUAGGAGAUUUAUAAAAUUUUGCUACUUUUCCCUAUUCUGGAAUAUGAAAUGUAAUCAUAAUGAACAGUUAUUUUCCUGUGAAUAGAAACCCAUUUAUGUAUUUUUAUUUUUGUUCCUAGUUUUAGAAAUGUUCUAUACUGCAUUAUUAAAGAAUCUUGGAAAACCAUGUAUUUAACCUAAUGUUACUAGCAGAAUAUUUUUUGUUAAUGAGCUUUAUAUACCAUAUGAAUAUAUGCAUAUUUGUUUUUUGUACAGAUAAACUAUAUUCUAGUACAGAUGCUAGAGUUCAUAUCUUCUGUUCCUGGAUAUGGCCUUUAAAUCUACUUCAGGGUCUUUCUUUGUGUAUAUGGAUGUAACUAUAUACAGUACAGUGCGCACACUUGUGUGUAUGUAUGUGUAUAUAUAAUAAAAACAGGUGCAAACUUUGCCCCAUGAAAAAUCUACAAUUUUUCUUUUCUUUGGGUAUACCUUUUCCAUGUUCUAGGUUCCCAUCUCCCAUUGCUCCUGAGAAUAUCAAAUAGUGGUCCCAGGCUGCAAUAUCUUUACAGCCUUUUAAAAAGUUGAAAUGUAUACUACUGUGUAACUAUAGCAAAUAAUACUCCAUUGCCUGUUUUGUCUUCAGCAUCUUCCUUUCCCCAUUUAGCACCCAACUCCAAAGAAGAAUCUGGAGAGCCUUUUGGACAAAGGUGUUCCACAGAUAAUGUUCCUAAACCAAUCUCUCCUGGGUUUAGCAGCAAUUCUGGUUCUGCUGUGAUACAGGAGCAAAUUCAAGAUUAAGAGACUGACUUGGAGGCAAAGAGCUGUGAAUGUGAUGGUCUCUUUCUCUACCAUUAGAGUAGAGUAAGAGUAGCCACUCUUACUGAAAACCAUAAUUUAACCAUUCCAAAACAGAGUUGAUUCACUAGCCGAGAGGCUGCUAGUUGGAGCUGUUAGCAUUGACUCCAGAAGGAGUUGCUUACAUGCCCUUUGCACCAGGUAUAGCACAAUAAAUAGCUGCUAAGGAAUAGAGCAAAACGUUGUAAUUUGAGGGCUAAGCUAUUGCAGAAGUAGAACUAGGAGGGGUCUCUAUAUUAUGGCAUCUGAUAUGUUGGGCUGCAUCUCCAACUCUGCACGUUCUAGAAAAGAGCAGGAAAAAAACUUACGGAGAUACUGCUUUAUGUGAGAGAGAUGCCAAAUCAGUCUGAUUUUUGCAAAAUCAGGAUAUCAGGUGGAAUGUGUGUGUGGAAUUUUGCAGAUCUGUUGCUUUUUAUAGGGAAGAUGUUUUGUAUAUAACAUGCAUCAAGUGAACAUUCAGAAUCACUUGCAUCCAGGCACCUUUUUUUCUAAAAACAGAUACAAUGCAUAAAAAAUUUCUAGUAUGAAGUCGGUUGCUUUCAAUUGUAAGUGUUGUUGAGAACCAUUUUGUAUGUUCUGGAAGUGAUGUCUGCACACAGCAGUGAUUGGCCUUUGACAAAUGUACAGUUUUCUGUUUCUUUUGUGUUCAGAAAUAAGGGAGUCCGUUUUGAGCACAGAACUUUCCACUUUUGUACAUGUGUGUUAUUGCAUCUCUAAUGUGAGUGUUUUCUUUGGGAGGGAAUGGAUAGUGUGUGUGUUAAGACUGACAAAUUAAAAGCUUAAAAUUCAUUUAAACUUCAAUCUUUUUUAAACCUUGCAUUGGGCUGCAGUCCAAACCCUAAUGUUUGUAUUUCUUUGUUACUCCUUUUUUUUAAUAGUUAAACUUUAAAAUGUUGAACCACUGGACUUGUAAUGUAUUAAUUUGUUAAACUGGGUUUUUAAAUGUGCUGUUUGUCCACGUGUGCAACCUAUCAUUGUGCAAAUAAAA